AAGUUCCAUGCCCAAUAUGGCGCUGCCCUGUCCUUAUAUUCCAGGCCGCGCCCCCGCUGCCACAAACCAAGAUGGCGGAUCUGCUCGGUUCAAUCCUCAGCUCUAUGGAGCGGCCGCCGCAGGUCGGUGACCAGGAGUCCCGGCGCAAGGCUAAAGAACAAGCCGCCAGAAUGAAGAAAAUGCAGGAGCACGAGAGGCGCCAGAAAGUGGAGUUCAGGAAACGGAUGGAGCAGGAGGUGAGUCAGUUCAUACAGGACAGUACACAGACCAGGAGGAAGUUUGAGUCGAUGGGGAAGAUUGAGCGCAGCAUCGUUCACGAUGUUGUGGAGGUCGCCGGCCUGACGUCCUUUUCUUUCGGGGACGAUGAGGAGACUCGUUAUGUGAUGAUAUUCAAGAAGGAGUUUGCCCCGUCGGAUGAAGAACUGGAGGCGUAUCGCAGAGGGGAGGAGUGGGACCCCACAAAGGCUGAAGAGAAGAAGAGGCUGAAGGAGCUGACACUGCGUGAGGCACAAGCCGAUGCCCUGAGAGCCCCGGCCACAGUCAGACCGGCCACGGACUAUAAGGACAAGUACACUCAUCUGAUUGGCAAGGAGGCCGCUAAAGAUGCAGCUCACACCCUGCAGGCCAACAAGGCUUAUGGCUGUGUUCCCGUCGCCAACAAGCGAGACACCCGAUCCAUCGAGGAGGCGAUGAAUGAGAUCCGAGCCAAAAAGCGCCUAAAACACGAAGACGGUGACGCAGAGAGUGUGGGCUCCUGAGACCUUGCCCCUGGAAUAUUGCCACUCAAACAUGGCCGCCCCCGCUGUAACUAGGCCUCGGCUUCCGGUUUUCUGCUCUGAUGAUUUUAUAAUGAUAUAUUUGUUUUAAUAUAUAGGGGUGGGUGUGGCCUGUCCUGAGUGGCCUGUUGGUCAUUUAUUUUAAUAUUCACCCCCCCCCCCGGCAAUUUACUGGGCGCAUGUUGGGGGGAGCACAGUUGCUGGGCAGUCGCAACCAGCAGUGAUGUGAAGCCUUAAAGCUUUAGGUACUGGGGGAAGGGCUUAAUGCUGUGAGUUUGAUUGGACUGUGGGAGGAGCUCCCCCGCCGCUCUACAAAUAAGGAGGGGAGGAGCUAACGCUGAUUAUUUCUAUUUAUUCAUUAAGUGGCGUUUUUGUCAUUUCUCCCCAGAUACAAAUGUGGCCCCAACCUCUUACUCAUUACUGGGACGCUUCUGAUGUUUCUUCUGUUUUUAGUUCAAUAAUAAAAGUUUUACCUCUUAA